AAUUAUAAGCCUAUGUAACUCCACACUCUUCUUUAUAUCUACCUUAAUUUCUUCACAAAAUUUUAUCAAUAGACAGAAUGAUUGAAUCAUCAACAUCAUCAUCUCCUUCAGAGAUCCCCAAAUCUGUGGCAGAAUUAGACCAAAAUACACCACCCCCAAACCAUGAGGAAGAAACCAAUAUGAAACCUAAAAGCCCCAUUCCAAACAAAUCCGGCGCGCCCGACCGGAUUAUCGUUCCAAAGGCAUUCAAGUAUCCGGAAAGGUACACUAGUCCAACUGAUAAAAUGAUGUCGCCGGUUAGUCGAGGAAUUCUUGCGAGGAAUCGGAAGGGCCGGAGGCCCCUCCCGCCCUCGGCGGCUGCUAAUCAGUUAAGCUUCAGCUUGAAGAGUUGAAUCUGAUUUUUACCCGAAUUGAGAAACUACAUCGAAAGUUUAGAAUUUUGUAGCGUGCGUGUAUUUGUUUCAUGUUUGUAUUGGGGUAUUUGAUGGAUGAUCUUAUUCUGCUGUAUUCAAGAAAGAGAUGAUGAUGAA